CCGCCCCCCCCCCCUGGCCAAGCAUACACCCGAUGGCCCUCUGCCGUCUUCGCGUAGUAGCCCUCUCACCAGCUCGCCUCCUUGUCUCCCGCCCGGCUGCCUCGUCGUCUGUGCGCCCGCAAAUCCGGUCUCUCUCCACCCUCGCCACCCCGCGGCUGCUCUCCCAGCUGCAGCAACAGCAACAACAGCAACGGCAACACCUGCCAGCCAGCUGGCCACCCAUCUGCCCCGGCUUCCCGACCGCCUCCCAAGUCCGCCACUUCGCCUCCCUGCCCACGAUGUCCUCUUCCAAGGCCUCCACCACGCAGAAGCUCGGUGCCCUGCGCGAGCUCAUGCGCGGCCUGUCCGUCCACGCUGUGGUCAUCCCUAGCGAGGAUGCGCAUCAGUCCGAAUACCUGGCCCCGGUCGACGAGCGGCGGGCCUACAUCUCCGGCUUUACCGGGUCUGCCGGCUUCGCGGUGGUCACCCUUGAUGCGGCUGCCCUCUGGACGGAUGCCCGCUAUUUCCUGCAGGCCGAGGCCGAGCUUGAUGACAACUGGACCCUCAUGAAGCAGGGCAUGCCCGGGGUCCUGUCUCGGGCCGAGUGGCUCGCCGAGCGCCUGUCCCCCAAUUCGGUGGUUGGCGUCGAUCCGGCUCACAUCACCGCCUCCGCGGCUCGGACCCUUGCGGCUGAGCUGGCUGCCAAGGGUCAUCGCCUGGUGUCGCUGGAGCAAAACCUCGUUGACCAAGUUCGCCAGGCGGCCGGUGAGGCUCCUCCCGGCGGCUUCACGGCCCCCCUGCGUGUCCUGCCGGAUAGCCUGGCCGGGCGCGCUGUUGCCGAUAAACUGGCCGACCUGCGGGCCAAGAUCCAAGCCAAAAAUUGCCGGGCCAUCGUCAUCACCGCCCUGGACGAGGUGGCCUGGCUGUUCAACCUGCGUGGCGAUGAUGUCCCCUAUAACCCGGUGUUUUUUGCCUUCGCUCUUGUCACCGCCUCCUCGGCCGUGCUCUUCACGAAUGUGUCGCGCAUCGAUGCCGAGAUCCAUGCGCACCUGGCGGCGGCCGGCGCGACGGUGGCCCCGUAUGACGCCUUUGCCGGGCAUCUGCGCGACCUGCGCACCGAACUCGAGGCCGACGUGGCCGCGGCCCUCCGGCGCCUGGAGGAGGAGGCCCCCGGCCCCGAGCAUGUCGAUGAGUUUGCCCCAGCCGGGCAGACCCCCGAGCAGGCCCGCAGCCAGCAGGCCCGUGGCCAGGUGGCCAAGGUGUGGCUCGGGCAGAAUGCCAGCUGGCAGGUGGCACGCAUCCUGUCGCCGGAGCUGUGCCACAUCCACACGACCCCGGUGUGUGCGGCCAAGGCCGUGAAGAAUGCCGCCGAGCUGCAGGCCGUGGCCGAGGCCCACCUGGUCGAUGCGGUGGCCCUCUGCCGGUUCUUCGCCUGGCUGGAGGAGGCCUUCCGCACGGCGGCCACCGCCGGCGGCGGGGCCGGCCACGCGUGCACCCUGCCCACGGAGACCGAGGCGGCUGCCCAGCUGGAAACCUUCCGCCGCAUGCACCCGACCUAUCGCGGGCCCUCCUUCAGCACCAUCUCCGGCACCGGGCCCAAUGGUGCGGUGGUGCACUACUCGGCCCGGCCCGGGGCCGACCGGCGCCUCAGCCUGGCCGAGGUGUUCCUGUGUGACAGCGGCGGCCAGUAUGACGAGGGGACGACCGACGUCACGCGGACCUUCUUCUUUGGCGGCCUGGCCGGCACUCCGCCCCCGGCCCUGGCCCGGGAGGCCUACACCCGGGUGCUGCGCGGCGCCCUGGCCCUGGAGCGCCUGGUUUUCCCGGCCACCGGUGUGUCCGGCUUCCAGGUGGAUGCCCUGGCUCGGAGCCCGCUCUGGCAGGCGGGGCUGGACUAUCGCCAUGGCACCGGGCACGGUGUCGGGGCCGGGCUCUGCGUGCAUGAGGGCCCGCAUGGGAUUGGCCCGCGCCAGGCAUAUGGCGACACCCCCCUGGCCGAGGGGAUGCUGGUGACCAACGAGCCGGGCUACUAUCACGAUGGGUCGUUCGGCAUUCGCAUUGAGAAUGUCCUGCGCAUCCACCGGGCCACGCCGGCCAACAACUUCGGCAACACCGGCUUCCUGGCCUUCGAGCCGCUGACUCUGGUCCCGGUGCAGCGCGACCUCCUGAUCCUGGAGCAGCUGUCUCCGGAAGAGCGCUCCCACCUGAAUGCCUACCACCUCCGGUGCCGGGAGGAAGUGGGCGCGCGCUUCGCCGAUCGCUCUUGCCCCGGGUACCGGUGGCUCAUGGAGCAGACCGUGCCGAUCUGAAAUCCGGGCAACGAGAAAGAAGGGGCAAAAAAGCCCGAAGGAAAGCCACGGCUCACCAGGGAGAGACAGCGCGCCCCCCGAGCGCCCUUUCCAGGCCACAGGGCACAGUGGCGAGGACCGGCGUCCGAGGCAGAAAAAAAAGGGCCCGGGCUGCCGGGGCGCCCAGUCACGCCCCGCCUCGCAAAGACCUCGUGACUGUGUUCGUGAUCCGGGGGAGUUGGCAACCGCCCCCAGCCAGCCGGCGCAUGCGUGUCCCUCUGGCGGCAGGGGCCCCCGCACGGUCGGGGUCCCCACUGGCGGGCCCCGGCCACGCUUCUGUUGACUAGUCGGAUAACAAUGUAUAAAAAAAAAACCAGCGUGUGCCUAA